AUGGCUUCCCUCCGACCCCGUACUCUCCCUCUCUCAGUCCGAACCAUCCGCUCAACCCUCCGCUCAACAAGGCCCUCACCCAACCACUUCCUCUCCGCACCCGCAUCCACCCCAUCCACCCUAUCAACCCAAACCCGCGCGCACUCAACAUCCUCCGUCUCCGCCGAUGAACUCUCCCACUUCUCCGGUCUCGCCAGCUCCUGGUGGGACCCAAUGGGCCAUUCCCGAAUCCUGCACCUAAUGAACCCCCUCCGCCACGAAUUCAUCGCCUCCUGCCUAGCAGAAGGAACCGCCUCACCAAACCCAACCUCAACCUCAACCUCAACUUCAACCACCGCAACCCUCAACUACCUCGACGUAGGCUGCGGCGGCGGCAUCUUCGCGGAGUCCCUCGCACGCACAAUCCCACUCGACCCAACCGCCGCAGCCCCAACCCCAACCCUCGCCGCCUCGAUGACCGCAAUCGAUCCUUCAACGGACCUAAUCCAAAUGGCGCGCGAGCACGCGCGCAAGGAUCCAACCGUCCACGAGCACCUGCGCACUGGUCGCUUCAAGUACCUUAACACGACGCUGGAGGAUGUACUUGCCGGCAAGGCUGGCACUCCGACUGCUGCUUCCACCCCAACCUCCAGCUCUCCCUCAACCCAACCCACCGCACAAUACGACGUCGUAACCCUGUUCGAAGUACUCGAACACAUCGACCCGAAGACCUCAACGCCGCUAAGCUUCCUGACAAACUGUCUGCGCGCGCUCAAGCCCGGCGGGUGGCUAAUUGGGUCUACAAUUUCGCGGACGCUGCCGUCGUUCAUCCUGAACCAGGUUAUUGCGGAAGCGCCGUGGCCUAUUGGUGUUGUGCCGCGCGGGACGCAUGAGUGGAGUAAGUUUGUCAACCCUGAUGAGGUCAAGGGGUGGUUGCAGGAGGGGUUGAUGAGGGCUGGUGAUACGGGUGUUUCGAGGGGUGGGAGUGCGAUUGCAGAGGGGAUGAGGUGGAAGUGUGUGGGCGCUAUUUAUAUUCCUGGGAUUGGGUGGAAGAUGGUGCCUGGGAGUGAGGAUUGGGGGAAUUAUUUCUGGGCUGUUAGGAAGGAGGUUUAG